GUCCAAACAAAAUAUAUUGGGAAUGUCGCAAUAAGAAAUAUAAUUGAAGUGUGGGCACAAUUUAAUUCCCAACUGCGUGGAGUUCACAAAAAUAGCCACAUUUACUCGGCAAUGAGCACGCAACUUGUAAAUGAACAUGGUGUUUUCCUAGCGCCAGCCGAGCUGCGGAAUCGAAUUAAUAAUUUAACAAAGAAGUACAGACAGGAACGCAAGGCUGUGGGCCCAACCGGAGGGGCCCCAUCUAAUUGGGAAUUCUACGACGACAUACACAAAAUAAUUGGCAGCUAUAAAUCAAAUUUCACACACGAACUGGCCGACGAAAGCAUUGAAAAUGUUUCGGAUCCAUUAGACACAUCGAUGGCGGCAUUUUCAUUGUCAAAUGAAAGUGGACCUGAAGAAGCACCAUCAACUUCGUCGGCUGCAAUUAUCUCGAACUGGCUAAAAAAGAGCAAAAGAUGA